AUGUAUCUAUAUAAUAAUAUAUAUAUACUCCGCCCCCUCCCUCAAAUUCCGAAAUCACCGCCAAUCAUAUCAUAUCUCUCCAUAUAUAUCUCCAUAUUAUAAACAAACUCUAUCACCACUAAUACUAGUAGUAAUACCUAUUAAUUAAUAAUAAUAAGAAUUUCUUGGAAAUUAUUACUCGAUCGCUAUGGCAACUGAAGUACCUGUUAAAAUCGAACCCGAAGUAGUACCUUCACCGGAAACGGUUCCGGCGCCAUCUGUCGUUGCGCCGGAGAAACCUAUUGAUCCUCCGUCAGCUGUACCUGAAACUAAACCACCGGCUGAUGAUUCCACGUCACUCGCUGAUGAAAAGACUCCAGCUCCUGUGGUGAAAAAAGAAAAAAGUUCCCUUGACAGAGAUGUUGCGUUGGCUGAGGUUGAAAAAGAGAAGAGGUUGUCUUUCAUCAAGGCCUGGGAGGAAACUGAAAAGUCCAAGGCGGAAAAUAAGGCACAAAAGGAGCUAUCUGCUAUAACUUCCUGGGAAAACACCAAGAAAGCAGAUAUUGAAGCUAAGUUGAAACAAAUAGAGGAGAAAUUUGACAAGAAAAAGGCAGAAUAUGGAGAAAAGAUGAAGAACAAGGCGGGGUUGGUUCACAAACAAGCCGAAGAAAAACGAGCCAUGGUUGAAGCCAAGAAAGGGGAGGAUAAGUUGAAGGCAGAAGAAUUGGCUGCCAAAUAUCGCGCCACUGGAACCCUUCCAAAGAAGCUCAUUGGUUGCUUCGGAGGUUAAAGUAUUUAAAACGUCUCAACAUUAUUAUCGCCUUAAAUCCUACAAGUUUGUAAUUUGUUUUACAGGUCAUUCCAGGUUGGUUUGUUUGUUAUGUUGUAUAGGAAGAACAUAGAUGUUUUCAUUAAGAAUAUUAUAAUCAUAUUAUAUAUGAAAGUUUCUGCAA